GCGCCUCCCCAGUCGUCAACCAGAUGGAUUCCAACAGUGAUGGGAAAACUCCCACUCCCACCUCAUUUCAUCCUCCCCACCACCACCACCACCAUCACGGCCACCAUAGCCGCCACCACCACCAUUUCUUUUACAUUUCACCUCACUGCCCAUUUCACCGCUCUAUGUCGCAACCAAAGAAUCACUCUCCGUCAUGCUCUUUUUCCACCUAUUACCCCUCUCCUCAAAACCCAGAACCCGUUGCUUCUAUUCCGCCCAAUUCUCACUCCAGCUUUCUGGAUAAUCAGCCCAACGAAUCUUUCGAUGAUUCCCAAAUGAUGCAGGAUAACAUUGAGAAUGUUGAAGUUGAGGAAGAAGAUGACCCUAUUUACGUUCUAACUGAUGAAUGGAGGGAUUUCUUUGCAAAAUCAGAGGCCAAAAGGAGACUAGCAAAGAAGCAGGCUAAGAAGGGGAAGAAUUAGAAAAGAGAAGCUCGCCUUCAUUUAUUUGCUCCGCACUCUGCAAGACUAGUGAUCUAUAAUGUUCUUGAGCAAAGAUGAUGAGGAAGAAGUCAGCUCAUGAAAGAUGAUUCUUGCAUCAUCGUAACCGGCCAAAUGAAGCGCUUUUUUGGUUUCAUUUCUGUACAUCAUGUUCCAGGAGGAUUCUGUGUGUAUAUUUUCUUGAUCUUAUGCAGCUGGAUCUUUAUUCCCGUGCAAUUGUGGUCGUUGAGGAUUCUUGUCAUAGAACCAUUUUUCUUGCUUGUUUCUACUUUUAACCUAAAGCUCCUAUGUCUCCCAACUAUCGUACAGGGACAAUGGAAGACUAACUUGUGACUGCUGGCCGACAUCAGAAGCUUGUAAAAUGAACACGAGUACGAGCCCUGAUAGGCUGACACCAACAAGUACUGCUGUACUGCUGGAAGCUGAGAGCAGUGUUUAGGAGAGCGGUUAACAUCAAAAGCUCACGUGCGAAACUGCUUUAAGGUUGUGAAUGAUGAAUAAUCAUGUCAUAUCAGAGAUUUUGGAACCAAGUUUAUUCAAAGUUAAUACCAACAACCUUUAUUGAGGAUCAAUCUGAUACUGAUUUUUGGUUGUACUGCUUUCUCUUUUAAAAUGUUAAUGCAACAUCCCUGGCAUUCAUUACUCCCUCUUAUACAUGUUUCUACCCGUAA